CGUCAACAAAGCUGCCCUACUUGGUAAAUUUUUGAAGAUUGCUGAUCUUUAUGUAUUGCAGAAUGCUUGCGACAUAUGACGACUAACAAUAUCUCCAUAUGUACACUCACUUUCAACAUUCAGUCGUCGAUCAGUUCUUACUGAUGGUAAGGGCUCAGGAAUAAAGGGCGUUGUGUGAUUUAUAAGGAAGCGGUCUAAAUUGAAUGAUCAAAUAAAUAGCGAAUGGAACAUCAGCGCAUAACCGUGGACAGGUACAGAAUCAGCAACAGCAACAAACGCCACCACAACCACAGCCGCCAUCGCAACAACUACCACAACAGCAGCAACAGCAGCAGAAUGCCCAGCAACUGCAACCACAACAACCUUCUCAUUCAAAUGGUGACAGCAGCAGUCGUCCGUAUCAAGCUGACCCAUUUUCUAGUCAACCAAGCACCAACAUGCAUUAUCCCACCUCUACUCCACAAUAUUCACAACAACAACAGCCAUCCUCAUUUGCCAUUCUGACUCCAGAGCAGUCGUCUUGUGGUACCUCCUCAGCAGCAGGUCCUGGGAUGAUUCCACUCAUACCAUUAUCGUCUGGAAUUUCCUCCGUUCCUUUCGGUGCUACCGGGCUAUCCAAUCCUAGCAAUAACAAUAAUAAUCACAACACAGCAGCAGCAGCAACAGCAGCAAACCCACCACAACCCCUACCUGCAUCGUUGACCGAUGAGGAACUACAAAUAUUGGCUACAACCUCGCGAGAGGCAAUGGAACAACGUCUGCGGAUAUUGGAUACUGUCCAAAACCAAAUAUUUCAAAGCAUGCAAAUUUUGACACAGGCACUCAGCGUAUUUCCGAACAUCAAUAACUCCAAUACCGAUACCACCUCAAACAAUAACACUAACAAUAUAAAUUCCACACCUGCUGAUGAGUCUUCUGCUGCUGCGACGUCCUCUAUCAAAGCGACCAGCGAUGCAUCAACAUCACUGCCAUCGUUAUCAUCAACAAUUGAAGCUGAAUCACACACUUCUGCUGCACAAAGACUCACAUCACCUCCCACAUCACAAACUACCAAACCGUUUGAUAUUACCGACCAACAGCAACAAAGCCAAAGCGAUCAAGGAAUAUCGUCAGCUUAUUCAGUAGUAUCCGAGCAGGAGGAUGGUGAGGAUGCAGUAUCAUCAAGUCGGCGACGAAAAGGAAAGAUGCCAGAACUAGGAUCAAGUAGUAAUGAGUAUCAGAUUGCAUCUGAUCAAGAGGAAUAAAUAUAAAAAGUUCGCCACGUGCUU